AUGGUCUUCGCCUUUGUGCUGCCAACCACCUCUCCCUUAUCCUUUCAAUCUUUUAUUUACUCAUCGACUCACCCUUCCCUACCCCAAUCAGCCUCUACCGCCCGUCAUGCUUUGCGACUCACCCUCAAGGCCCACAAGCGUUUACCCCGCGGUCCCCGCCAGGACGCCCACUUGCUCACAGUCCUGUCCGCACUGAACGACUACCUGCCGUACCUAUUUGCAAUCUCGCACGGAUUGAGUGGCCGACCUGUUCGCAGUGAUGCGUCUACUUCUCUCGGGACAGAUGUACAUACGGAGACAGUACCCCGCUUCGGGGAGGAAGUCGAGAUCACGCUUCGCGCGGAGAUCGAGUCUGCCUGGAGACCCACUUUAUCUGCUGGAGGCGCAUUGAAUCUCGGGACAGGCUUCAAUGCACCAGGCGCAAAGGGCACGCGGACGCGUAAUGGACGAGUUGCUGGUCAAGGCAUUGACUUUGAAAUCGCAUUUACCCUCACGACCCUGGGAUAUGUUCUAAGCCGGCUUGCGCGCGCGGGGGUCGUCGAGUCGUUGUAUGCCGCGACGACACCGACAGCAGAGCAACGCAUCGCGGCUCUACAGACAGCCACACGACACCUUCUACAGGCCAGUGCCGUGCAUGGGCUCCUUGCCUCGUCACCGGCCUUUGCUGCAACGACGACAUCGUCGGUGCCUGAUCUUAAUGCCUCCGCACAGUCGGCCCUGUCCUCCCUCGCGUUGGCUGAAGCUACACUCCUAGCCGUCCUCAAGGACGACGCCUACGUUGCUGCAUGUAUCCAGACGCGCAACCCCAACGACCGGGACUGGAUGGUCCGCGCGCCGGAGAUCCCGAAAGUGCGCGCGCUGCUCUUUGCCCGACUUUGUGUUCGUGCAGCAGAGUACGCCGAGCAGGCAGCUGCAGGGUUGGGGUCCGUGGGGCCCGGAGCGGGCCGGGCUGGCCGUGUCGAUGAUGAUGUGGUUCGCUACACGGGUGUCCUGGGUCGAGUGGCGCGCGCCCGCGCCUGUCGGUUCUUUGGUGUAGAUGCCGAGCUUGCUGGUAAGGUUGGCGAAGGGAUCGCAUGGCUGCAAGCUGCACGAACACCGCUUGGAAUGCGCAGCGGGCCAGGGUCAUCUUCUACCCCGGCAGCAGAAGAAAGUGGGACAGGAAACUUAUCCAAAGGUGGACUAUCGCGUUUGAAACGCGAGUGGGCGGAACGGCGUGAAGAGCGCCGAAUCGGCAAGGAUGCCGGCGGGAGCCGCAGUGAAAAGGGCCCUCUGGAACCGGGCGACGAUGCUGGCCGCGAUGAAGAAGGCCGGGUCAUUGCAAUGUUGGAGACGAAGUGGGUGCGGAUGAACGAUACUAUCAACACUCAACUCGUCCCACCUUCUGCACCGUUACUGUCUAAUCUUCCGUCCGGUCGAGAUAUUCAUGUUCCGCCAGCUCCGUACAAGCCCCCAUCGCUAGACGAGGAUCAACUUGCUAGCAUGCGUGCCCCACCGGAUGAGAAUGAUGACAUGCGUUUCGGCAGUGACCCCGAUGACAGUGACGAGGAUGCUGCGCCGUCUGAUGCACCUGGGCCGCCGGGAGGGUUUCCAGAUCGGAGUCAGACCGCGAGUAGUGUUUAUUACUAA